AUGGCAGACGAGAUUCGUAAAACUGAAGCUCGAAAGCAAAUAGAAACUAUCAAAAGCUUGACUGACUCGAUAGUGUCUCAAGGGUUCAAUAGCAAAUUUUUGAGUCAGAAUGCAAAAAAGUAUAAGCCAGAUUGCGUGUCCUUUGCCAAUCGGAUGCAAAAUAUAGGCGAAAAAGGAAAAGAGUUUGUAAAAAACUUAGAGUCUGAAGAACUCGAGGUAGCGAUGAUUAAAUACAAGCUGUCAAGUGCGGUAGAAGCUCUAAAAAAUUUUCAAGGGUUAGCAUCUAAUAUUCACAUGUUUAUCUUGCAACAACAAUCGCCAAUAAAUCUCAAUCGCCCGAAUCCUGCAGAAGAUUUUCGAAUUCAACGACUUUUAGUCGAUUAUCAUAGUCGCUUAGACGACUCGAUUGAAUGCCUCUCAGUGGCUUUUCUUGCAAUGCAAAUACAGAAACCUUUAUCAAUUGAAGAACAGGAGGAAUUGUUAAGAGGAUUAAAAGCUGAUGUUGAGAAGGAGUUGACCGUUCUUGAGGAAAUCAAAAGUCAACAAACUAAUACUAACCGAACGAGAUGGCUGGAAUUAGCGAUAGAGCACAAUCAUUUGCGAUUUAUUCCUUAUGAUCAGAUUGUUAUUGAUAAGUUUUUGAAAUGUGGUGGAUUUGGAAUAGUGUAUAAAGCAUUCUGGGAUGACACACCGAUCGUUUUAAAACAGCUUUUCAAUCAAACCGAUUUUAUCGAAGAAAUUCGCCUUCAUAAACGUGUACAUGAUGGCGAUUAUAUUGUGAAGUUACAUGGGAUAACCAAAGACACAGAUGGCAACUUGGGAAUGAUUAUGAAAUAUACCGCUCAUGGUGAUCUUCGUGAUUAUUUGAAGACACAAGGAAAUUCGUUAACAUGGCAUCAAAAGAUUGUCUUGGCUAAGCAGAUUGCCAUAGGUUUAUCGUUUAUUCACCGAGAGAAAAUUAUGCAUCGG